CCGCCGCCCCCCCCGGCGCUGCCCUCCCCCCCAGCAGCCGUGCGGGGCGAGCGGCUGCGGGCGCUGCACUGGGAGCCGCUGUCCGCGGCGCGGGUGCGGGGGCCGCCGCUCGGUGUGGGCGCCGCGAACCCCCCCGCCGGUUCUGGACCUCCCCCGACUGCGGUCGCUGUUCCGGGAGCCCCGCGGAGCGUCCCCGGGGCAGCGCCCGCCGCCCGUGGUGAGAGGCGGCCGGACCGCCGCGUCUCCGUUGCUGCGCCCCGCGCUCUGACCGCGCCGCACCCGCAGGCAGCGCUGCUGGAGCCCAAGCGGAGCAUCGCCCUCGGCGUCCUCCUGAAGCAGCUCAAGCGCCCGGUGCGGCAGAUCGUUCGGGACGUCGAGGAGGGCGUCGGGGCGCCGUACGGCGCGGAGCUGCUGCUGGAGCUGUCCCGGCUGCUGCCCGGCCCCGUGGAGGUGUCCCGGCUGCGCGGUUUCUCUGGCUGCCCUCAGCAGCUGCCCGAGCCCGAGCUCUUCAUGCUGCUGCUGCUGGAGGUGCCCAGCUACGCGCAGCGCCUGGAGCUGAUGGUGCUGCAGGAGGAAUUCUCCCCGCGGCUCAGCGCGCUCCGCGCCUCCAUCCAAAUCCUGACCGACGCCGCCGAGGAGGUGAUGCGGUGCGAGGAGCUGCACGCGGUUCUGCAUCUCGUCCUGAGCGCGGGGAACCACCUGAACGCGGGCGGCUACGCGGGCAGCGCCGCCGGGUUUCGCUUGGCCUCGCUGCGGAGGCUGCCCGACACCAGGGCCAACGUGCCGGGCGUGGACCUCCUGCACUUCGUGGCCAUGGAGGCGGCACGGACGGACCGACGCCUGUUGGACUUCCCGAGCAAACUGCCGCACGUGGGCCCGGCCUCGCGGUGCGGGAUCGAAGAGGCGGAGGUGGAGGCGGAGCUGCGGCGGCUGUCGGCGCGCGUGGCGGAGGCGCGGGGUGCGGGAGCGGCGCUGUGUGCGGGGCUGCGGCCGUUCGUGCGGGCGGCGGAGGCGGAGCUGCGAGCGGUGCGGGCGGAGAGGGAUCGGAUGUGCGGAGCGGCGGCGGCGGCGCUCGACUUCUACUGCGAGGAGGCGGCGCCGGGCGCGCUGCGAGAGCUGUGUGCGGUGCUGCACGGCUUCGCGGGCCGCUUCCUGAGCGCCGUGCAGGAGAACAGCGCCCGGGAGCAGUCGCAGCGCCGGCGGCAGCAGCUCGAACUGCAGCGGGACAAACGGCGUUCCGUCGCCACGUGCUCGUUGCGAGACGCGGAGCUCGACGGAUCCGCCCGACCCCUCCGCGCCGCUCCGGCGCUGCUCCGGCGGAACACGGCCCCGGCGCUGCCCGAGCUGCGGGGCGGCCCCGAACCCCCGCGGCCCGAGAGUUUCCCCUCCGACCCGCCUCCCUCCGCCCUCCCGCCCCCCUCCCGGCUCUCCGCGCUGUUCUCUCGAUGGGGAUCCCGCCGCGCUGCCCCCGCGCCGUCGGGCGGCCCGGCGCUGUUCGGCUUUUUGCGGCGCCUGGCGGGCGGGGCGGAGCGCGGAGCCCCCCCCAGCUGAGAGUCGGCGGGUUUUAUCUUUCCCUGUGCUUCUGUGUGACGAUAAUAAAUGCUUUGGAAUUCCUCCUGCCCUCCCCGGGCUGCGGGCUGUGGGAUGUGCAGCGCGGAACGCCAAGGGCGGCGUGCGGGGUGAGGUGUGGGGGUGCGGAAU